AUGUCGCACAUUGUGAGCGUCAGCUUGCCCUCCUUGGCCGUCGAUGCCGGCUACUUCGCCAAGCUGCCCGAGACCAACAUCACCAAGCCGGCCAUCUCGCUGCUCGCCUACCACAACGACUUUCGCGCCGUCCUGGGAUGCAACGCGACGGCGCGCAAGGUCUGGGACCUGCCCUGGGCGGCCUUUCACGAGGGCGGCCUGUACAACAAAAAGGACAACUCGCUCUACAUCACGUCCAACUACGAGAGCCUGACGGACAACAUCAACGUCACGGUCGUGUCGCUCGACUCGGAUAGCUAUCCCCUCCGCAGCACGCAGUUUCCGCUGCUCGCCAUGGCCAACGGGGGCACCAACUACUACCCGCCCGGGGCCGAUCGCCGACAGAUGCGGCCGCUGCAGGUCUACUGCGACCAGGGCGACAUGAGCAGCCGGUCGCAGCUCCUGGCCGUCGACGCGAACAGGAACACGUCGACGCCGCUGCUGACCAACUUUCUCGGCCGCAACUUUUCCUCGCUCAACGACGUGCGGCAGCAUCCCGUCACCGGCGACCUCUGGUUCACCGACACCGACUACGGCCACGUGCAAAAGUUCCGACCGAAGCCGGUGCUCCCGAAGCAGGUCUACCGCUUCGAGCCGGCGACGGGCGUCAUCCAGGUCGUGGCCGACGGCUUCGUCGAACCCAACGGCAUCGAGUUCUCGCCCGACCUCAAGACGGUCUACAUAUCCGACACGGGCAGCCAGCAGGCCGAGUUCGACCCGAGGGGCCCGUCGACCAUCUACGCCUUCGACGUCGUCGACGGAAAGCGGCUGGCCAACCGGCGGACCUUUGCCUGGGCCGACAUCGGGCUCCCGGACGGCAUGCACUGCGACACCAACGGCAACCUCUGGGUGUCGUGCGGCGACGGCGUCCACGUCUGGAACCCGCAGGGCAUCCUGCUCGGCAAGAUCUUUGUCGGCGAGACGAGCAACAACCUCGCCUUUGCGCCGGGCAAGAUCUUUGUCUUUUCCAACAAGCGCAUGUGGGUCGUCGAGAACGUCGCGGCCCAAGGACGGGAGGUGUGCCAGGACUUUGGCGUCGGAUGCCACUGA